AUGACGGUUUGUGGGGCCAUUGCUGGCGCGGCAGAAAACCGCAUUAGCACAGGGCCAGAAAUCAAGGUAGAGUUAGCAGCAUCUUCAUUGGUGAUCUUCCGAGUGACAAGAGAGCAAGUGGUCCUUUACCUGCAGAGCCUCGGGUAUCUGCUAAGCUCACACUUGUAUUGGAGCUUCAGAGCAGAAAGAUUCUUUGGCCGCAAGGAUGGAGAAGUCCGCCUCAUUGAGCGAACCGAUGUGCUGGGCCAGUGUCCUCAACCGCGCCGCUCUCAGUACCUGCCUCGUCACUCCCGCCAAGGUGUUUCUCAAUCAGACCGGCGCGUGCGAGGGCUACUGCGUUCGCUGGUGUGGCACGGUGUGCCUGUAGCCCCAGUGCGAGGUCAAGCAGAAUGGAAACGUGUUAGCUUGUGCUUAACAGUUAAGAAAGAGGGAAGUAUUCAAUUGGAUGCUAUCCCUCACAGAAUUGUGGCUUCACAGGACUGGGUGCACAUAGCUCAGCGCCAACGGAAUCUGGUCUUUGACCUCCUCGACGCCGUGCAUGAGGCCGAGGGACGAGCAGUUGGCGGACACGUCCGGUGUGAGGCUCGCUGCGGGGACGUCAAAGGCGCGGCUGUUCACUGCAAGGGCGUAGCGGGCUACGGCUUGGCGGAGCUGUUCAAUGUGCUCAGAGGCCCCGGCGGAGUGUGCGGCCACGUCAAGCUGGCGUCAACGCAAUGCGGUACACCCCGUUGA